UAUGCAAAUUUGCACAGAUGUAAAAUAUGAGAAUAGAAGGAGACCAAAAUUUGCAGCUGUUGUUGAUGCCAAUUUUCAAAGGCAAUGUUUACAAGCUCAUAAUCACGUUAGACAGAUUUACGGCAUUCCUCCACUACUUUGGUCUCAAGAACUUGCCGAAUUGGCCAAAACAUGGGCUCUCAAAUUAACACAGCGAGGUCGUCUUUUGUUUCCAGAGUUGCCCGGAAUUGGGGAAAAUAUUUAUUUGCUAACUUCGGAUAAUUCUGUUGAGGUGUUUCAAGGAGCAUCAGAAUCAUUUAAGUGCACCACUGGAGAUCACUUGACUACUGGAAAUGAGCUUGUAGCCCUAUGGGCCACAGAAGCCAGGCAUUUUGAUUUUUCUAGGCCAAGAUGGAGUUUAGAAUGCAGACAUUUUACACAAAUGAUAUGGAGAGGUUCAACAGAAAUGGGUGUUGCUAGGCAUUGGGAUACUUCAACUGAUUGUAUGGCUAUUGUUGUGUUCUACAGACCUUCCGGUAAUUGUAAUUUACCUGGCGAAUUUUGUGCCAAUCUUCCCCAGCCGGAUGACAUACCAGAAUAUGCAUUAGAGGCAAGUUCACUUCAGGCGCUCAGUCAAGCAUUGAACAGGACAGAUUUGGGAGACGGAGGGUUUAGGAAAGGAGCUGCUUCUUUACCACCAAGGAGUUAUUCUUCUACAAAUUCUACAAAAAUUCUAAAAUGCUGA